AGCGCCUCUUACACUAGGGCUUAUCUCUCUCUCUCUCUCUCUCUCUCUCGCUCUCUUCUAGGGUUUGUUGCGAGCGCCGCCGCGCCCUUCCUCUCUCUUCGAAUCGAAGACCGAGGAGAAACGCGCGAUCGAUUCCAUGGCUUUGGUCUUGCAUGCUGGAAGCGGAAAUAAAAAUGCCUUAAAGGCACUUAUUGCGGCGGAGUACAGUGGUGUUCAGGUUGAGCUGGUGAAGAAUUUUGAAAUGGGUGUUUCCAAUAAAACUCCCGAGUUUCUUAAGAUGAACCCCCUUGGGAAGAUUCCUGUACUGGAAACACCUGAUGGUCCCAUUUUUGAGAGUAAUGCAAUUGCUCGUUAUGUUACGCGCUUGAAGGCUGACAACCCUCUUUAUGGUUCUUCACUCAUAGAAUAUGCCCGCAUCGAGCAAUGGAUGGACUUUGCAUCAUCGGAGAUCGAUCCAAAUAUUGGCAGAUGGCUGUAUCCAAGACUUGGAUUCGUUCCGCAUAUUCCUUUGAGUGAGGAGCUUGCCAUAUCUGGUCUUAAGAGGGCCCUAGGUGCUCUGAAUACUCAUCUCGCUGCGAACACUUACCUUGUUGGGCAUUCCGUGACUUUGGCUGAUAUUGUGAUGACGUGCAACUUAUACUACGGUAUUGUUCGCAUUUUGACCAAGAGUUUUACUUCGGAAUUCCCUCAUGUAGAGAGGUACUUUUGGACAAUGGUCAAUCAACCAAAUUUCGUUAAGGUGAUGGGUGAGGUAAAGCAGGUUGACUCCGUUCCUUCCAUCCCAUCACAAAAGAAGCCGGCCGAGCCUGCUAAACCAAAGGAGGCUAAGAAAGAACCCAAGAAAGAGCCCGCAAAGCCUAAAGUAGAGGCGGCGGCCGAGGAAGAAGAGGAGGCGCCCAAGCCCAAGCCAAAAAAUCCUCUUGAUUUGCUGCCUCCCAGCAAGAUGAUAUUAGAUGAGUGGAAGAGGCUGUAUUCCAACACAAAAACCAACUUCCGGGAGGUUGCCAUCAAAGGAUUUUGGGAUAUGUAUGACCCAGAAGGUUAUUCUCUGUGGUUCUGUGACUACAAGUACAACGAUGAGAACACGGUCUCGUUUGUCACACUGAACAAGGUUGGUGGUUUCCUUCAAAGGAUGGAUUUGGCCCGCAAGUAUGCAUUCGGAAAGAUGCUGGUGAUCGGCUCUGAGCCGCCCUUCAAGGUGAAGGGGCUGUGGCUCUUCCGGGGUCAGGACAUCCCAAAGUUUGUGCUCGAUGAGGUCUACGACAUGGAGCUCUACGACUGGAGGAAGGUCGACAUCAACGACGAGGAACAAAAGGAGCGGGUCAGUCAAAUGAUCGAGGACCACGAGCCCUUCGAGGGCGAGGCCUUGUUGGACGCCAAGUGCUUCAAGUAAAACCCAAUCUUUUGAUUCGCACCUAUAACCAAUUGAAUCUUUAUGAUUAUGCUGGGGCUUGUAUCACUUCAGUCUGAUUAUAGCUCCAGCAACUGGUUUUAGGGUUUCAUUUUUUCUGUCAUGUUUACAUGCAUCGGUUGCCCGAAGUUUUGUGAAUCGAAAACAUUGCUGUCUUGGUACUGUACUCUUGUUUUCCUAGUUGUUUGUGUGAUGAAUUUGUUUAUUUUGGAAUUGUACGAGGACUAAUUGUUAUGGAUCUACAUGUUGGGCUAAAAUAGAUUGAUGUUUUUGUUAA